CAGCAGCAGCGGACUCGGCUCCCACUACACUGAAAUCGAAGGCUAUAUCGAAGGCUAAAUCGAAUGACAUGGAGGACGCGACAAAUGACAAAAAGUUUUUCAAGUCCCAGAUGGAACGGCGUCGUAGAGAGAGAAUGAACCGCAGUCUCGAGCAUCUGAGGAGCCUGUUGCUGCAGGGGCCACAAGAGCAGUGCGGCGACCAGCGCAGAGCUGAGAAGGCCGAGGUGCUGGAACACACCGUCCUCUUCCUCCGGAGCUCCGAGGGGGCCCGCCGGAGGGACGGCGGCACGGCCAGGUGCAAUUCUUUCCGAGACGGCUUCUCUGCUUGUCUGGAGAGGGCCACACGUAUCCUAGGACCACAGGGCAAAGGUUUACCGAAGGCCGUGAACUUUGACACCACCCUGGUCCGCCUCUCCAGCUCUGACUAUGCCGGCCUCGAGGCCAUUUCCUCCAUCACCAAACAAUACAAAAUCAGCUCGAAGUCAGUGCGCAGACCCAGACAGCCACGGACCUCGUCGUCGGCCCUCCAGGCCCGCGGGAUUUCGCUUCACCCAAAACCGUGUCCCGUACGACACGAGAGAAGCGCGAGAGUCGGCGAGCAAACGAAUGGAGCCGUUCCCGCGCAGGAGAGGACGCAACAGCGGCCCGCGACAACAGUAUCCCCGGCCCCGAGCCUGUCUUCGUUCCAGUCGCUAUGGAGACCCUGGCCCUAGUGCCGCCCCCCAACAGACUGAUCUAUUAGCAGAUCUUUUAAUUACUUUUCCAAGAUGCUCGGGUUCGGCCAGGGGUUCUUUAAGACCCAGCCAAACUGUACCGGACUUCGAGUCCACUCCUUAAUCUCCUCAUACUACCUACGAAAGAUCCUUGAGCAAUGCGCCAAACUCCUGCUUAUUGGCCGUCUGACCUCAAGGAUCCCACGAGACGCCCGGUCGUCCACGAGAAAUAAUGAACUAGAAACUGUUCAAGAAACUGUUCUCCGGCCAUAUUUAUGCUGUCUUUUUGCACACUAAUUUAUUAUCUCCCUAUGGUGAGCUGUAGGCCUAUGUUAUUAUGUUUUUUAGAAAAA